GGUGGACUUGAACCUCUGCAACAUCCGGGACAUGGAGGUGAUCGAACUGAGCAAGCGAGCGAGUGGCCAGGCCUUCGAGGUCAUUCUGAAGCCGCCCACCUUCGACGGCGCCCCCGAGCUCAGGGCCACGACGCCGCCUCGCCAGAAACCAUCGCUGGCGGAGAUCCAGAAGAAACUGGACGCUGCUCAGGAAAGGAGGAAGUGUCAGGAGGCGGAGCUGCUGAAGCACCUGGCCGAGAGGAGGGAGCACGAGCGGGAAGUCGCUCAGAAAGCUUUGGCCAAAGAGUGUCAGGAGCAUCGCGCCACCGCCAACAUGGAGCAGCGGCAGAUGCACCUGAACGCCUCACAGGAGAGGCUCCACGAGGAGGACAAGCACAGCGUGGAGGUGUCUUGAUGGCCUGAUCACAACACAAGCUGAACCUUAUUUGGAAGCCAUUUUGGAGGGCUGAUGAGCUGAUAUUUGAUGUGCCGGGAUGCUGGUGCUACUCCGGCGCAGAGACUGACAGGAAGUAGCUCUGAAAAGAGUAAGAGAAGAAGACGAUGAGGAGGGCAGAGGGCAAGACCGACUGCACAACAACUCCUCUGUACAACCAGGACUCUCUUUAACAAGACGAACUCUUCAUAACGAGACGGACGCUGCAGAUUCAGUCGUCAUUAGAUGGUUUGAAGGGGUUUUACUGUGCUUUGUUUCCAUGCCAACGGUGCCAAUGUGCUCAUGUGUGUGUGAAUGUGUGUGCCUAUCAACAAAACAUGAAUUGGGCCUAACAUGAACCAGAUCCAUCCCCUACGACUAGAAGGAAACCUUCCUCUGGGACUUUGAACGUCAAAAUUAACUGAAAUGAAGGAUGCGUGGACUUACAGCUGAUCUCAAUCAAACAGCGCCAUCUGCAGGAUCGUUUAAAUCAUUGCAUGUGACUCUUUAGCGACAUCUAGUGGCAUCUGUAGGUAUAAAAUAAGCAGCAAGCAGAUCCAUUUUGUCUUUUAGGAUCAGAGUCAAGAUCACUGAAAGUGAGUCCAAGACGAGUUGGUGUUUCUGAGGUCAAUUUAAGACAAACAUCAGCAAAAAUAGAGCUGAACUUAGUCGUAGAGGUGAGAUUACCAACAAUGAAAUCACCCAGGAAGUCAAACCACACCUUAAAAUCCCCAAACCAAAACAGCGCUGCCCUCCAGGGCAGCUCGUUUCACCCGCUCUUUUCCUACUUUUAAAGGCAGAAGUUCUAGGCGCUGUGCAGGAGACAUCACAUCUUUGCUGUUUCACAGACAAUGUGGUUUGGAUCGCUCAGACUCGGUGUCUCUGGAUAUUUGUCAUUAGUGAGGGAAGCGUGGAGCAGGAGAGAUUGACUCCCAGGUUCUGUUGUGAUGAUGAGAGAGAGCUGAGCGUCGAGGCGAAGCUGUCAGUCAGUCUACGCUCCUGCGCUCACCGAUGGCCCCGAGCGGAGUGUGGUGACCGAAAGAGAUGAGGGGGUGAGGACCUCAGAGUAGACUCACCCCAAAAAGAGGCAGUUGAGGUGGUUGAGCAUCUGACCAGGAUGCCUAAUGGGCGUUUCCAAGAUGCAUGUUUGGAAACACCUCAGUGUCAGAAGAGCCGGAGCUAGCCGGGAAGAGUGAGCGCAACCAAAAGAUUAAGACAAAUCCAACCGAAGUGCAGGUUUUCCUGUUUCAAACUCUGCCUUUAGGUUUGUUUCCCACCAGUUACGCAUCUCUUUGUCUUUCCUGUGUGAAAUGGACGCGACACAACGCUUCUGAGACAUCGGCGAUGUUUGCUGCAUCGAAUGAGUGACUGGACCGACGUGUGUACAGUGUUUACAGCUGCUUAUCACUGCAACAUCAUUGUAAAGGAUUAUGAUAUGAUGAUGAUAAUGUACAGAAAUCACAUUAUAUUUUAAAUUCAACAAUAAAACAGUCACACUUUA